AUGGUUUCAUUUUGGCCCUGGAAGCGUGAGGAUAAUUCUCCUGCCUCUUUUGAGAAGACAUUAUCCGCUUUGGCAGAGAAGAUUUUGAGAUCACAGUCAAAGUUGGAUUCUCGCAGACUUCGUGGCAGACGUGUGAAAGCAUUAUGGACAUUAUAUUCGAGCUUUGCGUACUUGGUCGUGUUCGUUAUAGCUCUUCUAGUCAUCGGUUGGAAGAAUUUGACAGUCUUGGAGUAUAUUGGUCUUGCGGGAAGUCCGUUAAUAAUCUAUCUCAUUCGAAGUGGUAUCACAAAAUAUUAUGAAUAUAGGGUCGAAUCAAUCGCGCAUCGUCUGGAGGAACAACAAGUCGAAAGGAUCAAAACUAUUGACAAAUUGAAGGCUGCCACGAGAUAUAACUCCACACAAGAACUGUUAGAGAAAUAUGGUGGCGCUCCACCGAAACCUGCUGCACCGAAGAGAACUCCCUCGGUCAAGAAGACUCCCAAGAACAAAGAUGCGCAACCCCAACGAACAGGCAUGGGCCCACCUGCAACAGCAAAUAUACCCCGCCCUAACCAAAUUCCGAGUCAACCUUCCACCCCUCAACCACUUGGUAGCAGGACCCCACCUUCUUUUAUUGUUCCAUCCCCAUCGCCUAUUGCUCCCCGAAGUGAGGUAGACCCUGCUGAAUUCGCACCAAACGCAUUUUCGGGCCCUUCUCAAUAUGCACAAGGUCAGUAUGCCCAGAAUGGAGAGUUUGUCCCUGAAGGACACUGGUACGAUCGAGUAUUAGACUUAUUACUGGGUGAGGAUGAGACGCAUCCCAAGAAUCGCGUGGCGUUGAUAUGCAAAAGUUGUCGACUUGUUAAUGGUCAAGCACCGCCUGGUACAAAAACUUUAGCAGAUUUGGGGAAGUGGAGAUGCUUUGGCUGUCGAACCUUGAACGGGGAAGAAGAUGAAGCUGCAAAGGCCGUAAAAGAAAUGAAGGAAAGAAUUCAGGACACGAACGUAAAAGAUGAAGUCACUUCCGAACCUGAAGAAAGGAGUACGGAGGAUCCCGAGGAUACACCAGACAGUGAGGAUAUUGAGCACAAUGAACUCUCUGUCAAGGAUGAAGAGGAGUCGGAAGAAGAAAAGGUUGAGGUUAAACCGAAACCAGGACGGCCCAAAUCAAUCCGCAAGAAAGCAUAG